AUGUCCAUUCUUCGACGCAAAGUGACGAGAUUGGCUCCCCCUACAGUCUUGACCGAUAAGGUUAUCCCGGUUGACUACUGGGACCAUCACUCUCGCGAUGCUGUCCUCAACGUAAUGCUGCGUUUCGACCGCCAACUGGAUGCAGCCAAACUCCGAAGAGCUCUGGAAAACUUGCUUGACCGCCGGGAUGGCUGGCGCAGGCUGGGUGGAAGGGUGCGGCUAGGUCCUUCAAACAAGCUGUAUUGGCAUGUGCCUGACACAUACACUGAGAAGCGGCCUGCAAUCACCUUUCAUCACAACCGUCACAACAACAUCAGCAUCAAGCAACAUCCACUAGCAUCUCGACUUCGGAGCAGAGUUUCAUCGUCUUCUGGUGUUUCUCAUGGCGCCUCUGUUCCUUGGAUGGUGGAGCCAGGCAAUGGCGUGGACUUCUCCCCCUUGAUGCGACACCCAAGUGAUCCUACUUGUUUCGAAGACUAUGUCUAUCACGAUAAACCGAUGAUAGGCCUGCAAGUCACCACGUUCAACGACGCGACUUUGGUUUCAUUAGGCUUCUCUCACAUCAUGUGGGAUUGUAUGGGACUUAAAGAUCUCUUUGACGCAUGGUCUCUCACUCUACAGGGACGCCAUGAAGAGGUCAUCCCAUUGAUUGGGACCGAUCCUCUUGGGUCUUUGGGUGUCUCACCUGAGUCAACCAAAAUGAUAACAGGGGACGAUGCAAGCAAACCAGCAGCAUCUACUUUCCCUCCCGAACAAUACCAGCACAUCGAUCGACAACUUGGAGUUGUUCAACUCGUUACGCUCGGUCUCCGGCAAGCACUCGACAAGCUGCUAAACAGAAACGCGGCUGAAGAGUUUAGGACAGUGUGUGUGCCCGCAGUAUAUGUUAAGUCUUUGCGCAAGGACGCACUCCAAGCUCUUGACGCCGAGAAUGCUAGUUCGUCGGGCCUCCAAGUGUUAGAGAAGGGUCAUAAGUCUCAGUUGACUCCAGCCACAUUUUUGAGUGAUGGUGAUAUUCUCUGUUCAUGGUGGACACGCAACAUCAUUAGCUCACGCAUCCGGAAUCCCACCAAGAGCCGCAAAACCAUCGCUAUUCUAAACAUGAUGGGUCUGCGUGGCGUUCUGGCACAAGCAGGACGAUUGCCCGAGCAAGGAGCACUGGUUGGUAACGCAAUUUUACCUAUUCCUGCUUUACUACCCGCGCGAGAUCUUGUCAAAAAAGGUCCCCUGGGCUUUGGCCGUGUUGCGAAGGCGUUGAGAGAGGCUAUUGCGCAGCUCAGCACGAGGCCGCAGGUUGAAGCUCUCUUGGCACUGCAGCGGCGUGCGCACGGGGAUAAGGUGGAUGGGAACGCCAACAAGAAGAAAGAGUCGGGCAACGGAAAAGCUGGGCUGCCUGCUCUCUUCGGCGAUGCGGGCAUGCACAUGGUUGUGUGUACCAACUGGACCAAGGCCGAGUUCUUCGAUGUUGACUUCUCGGCCGCGGCGGUUGACGAGAUUGGUUGUGAUGGGCUCUUUGAAAACGAGCGUGCUCGCCUUCCUGAGGCUUCUUUGAACGAUACUGCCGCUAGCAGUGGCGCCGAAAUGUUGAGCGCUAUGGGUUGUGAUGGACUCUGGGAGGACGAACAUGCAUCACGCCCUUCUGUCGCUCAUCAAUCCGAUGCUCCUGCUUCUCGUGUGUUGGCAAAGCCGACUGGCGUUCACAUGCACUUGAUAACGGCGGGUACUCCUGCGUUUUUGAUGAGUAUCUUUACCAUCUUAGGCCGCGAUGCCAACGGAGAUUACUGGAUUCAAGGAAUGCUACGAAAAAAAUAUUGGGCUAAAAUUGAGGCAGCCCUAAAUCUGAAGUAA